AUUAUAUUUUUCUAAAAAAAUUACCGACCGGCCGGCGUGUAUGCGAUUAAAUAUCAUAUUAUAUUUUUAUCUGAAUAUUUUCAUGGUUUUCUCUACACAAAACGAAUAAUCUAGUGAACAAUUAUAAUAUUAUUUACCCGGUCUUCACCUCGUUCACAGUAUUGCGUUUGUGCAGUUCACAAAGCUGGUUUUCUGCUGCUGCUUAAUAAACUUCACUUGCUGGAUCUGUCUUUGAUCAAAACUAAAAUCAAUCAAACUGCUAGUAGAAAUGGCAUCGAAAAAUCAAUUCGUCACGUUAAACAAUGGCGUUAAAUACCCAAUCUUGGGGUACGGAACGUGGAAGUCCAAACCGGGCGAAGUUGAAAAUGGUGUCAUGGCCGCAAUAGACGCAGGAUACAGGCAUAUCGAUUGUGCUUUAGUAUAUGGCAAUGAAAAAGAAAUUGGAAAUGCCUUACAGCAGAAAUUCGCCGAAGGAGUUGUGAAACGUGAAGAUCUUUACAUCACUAGCAAAUUAUGGAAUACUUUUCAUCAACCAGACUAUGUCGAAGCAGUUUUGAAACAAACCCUUUCCGACUUGCAAAUCAGUUAUUUGGACUUGUAUUUAAUCCAUUGGCCGAUGGCAUUUAAAGAAGGAACAUUACAAGGAGAUCUGUUUCCCAAAGAUGAAAAAGAUGUGACGAUCGAAGGAGAAGGUUCUUACGUUGAAACAUGGAAAGGAUUGGAAAAGCUUGUAGAGAAAGGUCUGGUCAAGUCUAUUGGUGUAUCAAAUUUCAAUAAAAAGCAAAUAGAAGACAUAUUGAAAGUGGCCAAAAUAAAGCCAGUGACAAAUCAAGUCGAAUGUCAUCCGUAUUUGAAUCAAAAGAAAUUAAAGGAAUUUUGUGAACAACACGGCAUUGUUCUGACUGCAUAUAGUCCUCUUGGAUCGCCAGACAGACCUUGGGCAAAACCCGACGAUCCUUUAUUACUGGAAGACCCCAAAAUCGCAGCCAUCGCCGACAAAUAUAAGAAGACUCCCGCUCAAGUUUUGAUCAAAUAUCAAAUACAAAGAGGCAUUAUCGUCAUUCCAAAAUCUGUGACCAAGAGUCGUAUUGAAUCCAACUUUGACAUUUGGGAUUUUGAAUUGGCCCAAGCCGACAUAGACUUGAUUGAUUCGUUUGAUUGCAACGGUCGUGUUUGUCAUCUGAACUGGAACAAACAUUUUAAGGAUUAUCCGUUUAACGAUGAAUUUUAAGAAACUUCUCCACGCAAGCAACAAACGCAUACCAGUGUCAAUCAAUUCACAUUCAUUAAUUUUAAGGUGCUUUACAAAGUUUAUAUUGUAAUCUAAUUAAUAGUUAUUUUUUAAAUACAUCAUUUAAUUUAUAAAAUAUUUUUUUAUCUACUAUUUGAUUACACGUAUCAGAAAUAAUGACCCUUUUGUGUGGUGACCUAUUCGUACGAUUAUGAUUAGGUAAUCUAAAAAAAAAUGUUUGAGUAUUAAUAAACUAAUACUAUCGUCGUGUCAA